AUGGCUGACAAUAAGGAUUACGCUGAAGAAGUUGUUGAUGAUAACUACGACCCCGAAGCCGAAGUUACUGGUGACUUCAAGCCUGUUUAGGAAUUAAAGGAUGUUGCAAUAGUUACUGGUGAAGAAGAUGAAGAAGUUGUUGAUAAAUUCAGAACCAAGUUAUAUAGAUGGAGAGAUGAACAAUUCAAGGAAAGAGGUGCUGGUGAUUUGAAAUUCCUCAAGCACAAGUAAACCUAGAAAAUUAGAAUCUUGAUGAGACAAGAUAAGACCCAUAAAAUUGUUGCUAACUUCAACAUUUCUCACAAGGACCCUCUUUGCAAGCUCCUCCCCUUAAAAACCAACGACAAGUCUUGGAUUUGGAGCUGCUACGAUUUCUCUGAUUGCGAACUUCUUUUGGAAAAGCUCUGCGGUCGUUUCAUCUCUGCUGAAGAAUUCAACAGAUUCCAAAAGGUCUUCGAAGAAUCUAGAGCUCACAAUGCCUCUCUUGUUUCUGAAAAGAAGGAAGAAGAACCUAAAAAGGAAGAAGAACCCAAGAAGGAAGAAGCUAAGUCUGAAUGA